AUGGCAGAUAGCGCUAUGAUUAAUCAUACAUCAUAUGCAAAACAUGCUAUUAAAGAACAAUUCAUCAAUAUUUUUACAGAUCAACAUAUAAAUAUGACAAAUAGAAAUAAUACAAUUGCAACAUCUUCACUUGGACUUGCUGCUGGGCGAAGAAACUCUUUAUAUGAUGGAGUUGCUACGAAUGCCAAUAUUGCUUCUUAUUAUUUCAUGGAAUAUGGAAAAAUGGUCGAGCAUUUGCAAUCAGUAAUUUGUUACGAGAGUAAAAAAUGGAAUAUUUCCAUCCUUCAAUACUCAUAUCUUGAAUAUACGAAAAAUGUUUGGCCAAAAGAUUAUGAAAUUUACAUCGAACCUGAAAGAUUGCCAAGAAAAAUUGCCGAUGAAUGCUUGUACAACCCAGAUGAAGGUAAUUAG